CGCACCCCGCCGCAGCCCACCGCACCGCGCGGCUCUCUCGCCGUCGCCGGCAAACUCGAACGACCUCUUUACGCUAACUAACGUCGCAGCCGCGCAGUUUCCCGCCGCGUAACUCCGUACGAACUCACGAUACUUUGCAAUUGUUGUUAAGUACUAUAAACUAAUCGUUUCGAGUGCUUUUUUAUAAUGUAUGGGGAGAAAAAAAUAUGUUUUUAAUGUUAUCAAUAGAUAAUAAGUAGGGUGAAGAGUAAGAGUAAUGCGGGUGAUUCGGGUGAUGUUAGUCCUUGGGGCAUGGGGCGGGGCGGCGCAAGACGCGCGGGCGGCGAUUACGCCGCCGGCUGCGUAGGCGCACCAUGGACUGCUGCAAGUACGGCGAGGUGCGGCGCCACGGGCAGUACGCGGCCUGGGAGGGCUACGGCUACGCUCCGCCCUACGCGCCCUACGCGCCCUAUGCACACGCCUACUGCCCGCCGCACGCGCACGACCCCUACGCCCGCUACUACCGCUACGACUACCCUGCUGCCGCCGCCGCCGCGCAUACGCACCACAAUGAACAUGCUAUGUCUAUGGAUUAUGGAGCGUACGUCAACAAGGAAUCGCGCGCGCGCCGGACGCUGUCGCGGCGGGACCAGCGGGCGCACACCACGCAUCAUCUGCCACUCCCUCACACGCCGCCUUCGGAAUGCGGGGGGCUCAACGGCCGCGGCGGCUACUGCGAGCCGCAGAUGUGGCCGCACUACCAGAUGGGCAUGAUGGGCGGCGUAGGCGCUGGCGGGGGCGGGGGCGCAGUCUGGGGCGGCGCGCACGCGGGCGCGUGGGCCUCGCGCAGCAUGUGCUCCAGGGAACAAAUGCGCUACUUUCCCAACGACGCUCGCAUGAUAAAGGGUCCGUAUUUAAGUCAUCCGAGUCAGUUGUGCCCUCCCGAAGGAAGAUCUACGCCAUACCCCAUGUAUGAAGAUAUGUCGUACGGGGGUGACAACGGGAAGCAUAACGGCGUGAUGGAGUACCCGGCGAGGAGCGCACCGCAGGCUGAGGCGCCGCGGACGGUGCGCGAGUGCGCCGCGGUCAGUUCGCCGCACCGCUCGCCGCCCGAGGAGAAGCGGCCGCCCGUGGUGCCGCUGCCCGCCUUCCAGCAAGCCUUCGGUUCCACCGAGAUCGGCAAGUUCGCGGAGGCGUUCAGUCGCGCCGAAGCGGUACAUGAGGCCGACGACAUCUCCAGUGAGAACUUUGUGUACGACGCCUUCCAGGACUGGGACGGGCCGGCCGAGCCGCAGUGGGCCGCGCCGCCCGCGCGGGAAAUAAAAUGCGAGGACAACUAUUGAGAAAGGUCGCGUCUCGCGACGCACCCGGCGAUACGCCUCUUAGCUAAAUUUAGACAAAUUGUAGUUCCACCACCAUGUUGCCAAAGAGUAUGUAGCUCGACUUCGAUCGUAAUAAUCGACGUCGUAGAACUAGGAUGUGAUAACAAAUUUUUUAACAUGUACGAGAUUAGAUCGACGGAUAAAUAGUGGUGUGACGUUGAAUUCAUAUACAUAUUAUAUUAUAAUAUUUAGUAGAAUAUUAAUUAGUUAUUCCUUUAACUAGUUUUAGUAUUAAUCUAAAGUGCGUGAACGCUGUUAUGUGGGAGGUGGGAAAUAGUAGGUAGGUACUGCAAAAAAAAUCAAAUGAAUCAUGAUUCAAUGUGCCUUUAUUCGGAGAGGCCGGCGCCCCCCGUCGCCCCCGCGCCCCGCGCCCCGCGCCCCCGCCCGCCGCUGCGCGACGUCAAACGAUCACAAUAGCAAUCAUAGGGACCAACGUUUAGACAAAUAUACACCCGCCCGGUCGCGUGGACGUGCUAUACCCAAUAAGCUCAACGAAAUGUACUGUCUUCAGGGAGUUAAACGAAAUUUAUUAAAACCUAGCUAAAUUACGUUUAAAUAGAGAAUCUGAAACUUAAAUGAGUAAUAGAAGUAAACACAUAGAUUUAAACAAAGUCAAAUGAUACGACUAUGAGGUCGAAGAUUUAGAUAGAAAUAUAGCGACAAGUUUUCUAUAUAGUCGUAUACUUAUGAUCAAUCCUCAAUGAAAUUCCUUGAAAUUGAAUCGCGUCUCGAUCCGUCGGAGAUCGGAAUGCGCUGAUAUAUGCAUCGUCACAUUCCUAUUACUCAAAUAACAAUAAGAUGUAAACAAUAUUGUUCCCACUUGCGGCAUUUAUUGAUAAUUAACAACUUAUAUUCUUUUUUCGUCAAUAUCUUCUAUGAUUAUAAUUAACAAGCGUAAUUGUAAUACAAAAAUAUUUUAUUACCUUUAUAUAUUCUGACGAUCAUUAAUGGGGGGCUCCAAAAGACGUCGCGCCAAAUGAAACUUUUGAAAUUCAUCAACUAAACGAAAUCGCUCGUUCGUAUUUAGAUAGUCAAAUUCCAUACAUUUUAAAACAGGUUACUUAUGAGUGUAACGGCUUUUUAAUUAAAUAAUUAGGGGCCAACAACGUCGAUAUAAAGUAUCUGUUCAUAUUUAAUUUCUGGAUAAAUCUCAUAUUUUAAAACGAUUUAUAGAUGUUUUAUCAUUAGAA